CUGUUCCUAAGCGUCGCCCGUACGUGGCCUAAAUGCUGGUCACCGUAUGAAAUAAAGUUAUCAAAAUAUUAUAUUCCCACUUCUACCAAUUAGAAAGGAUCUUAGAAGUUUAUUGAAGCUACGACAAUGAAGAGCAUAUUCUUGAUCACAUUCACGUCACUCCUCUCCAUUUUGGCAAUGGCUGCACCUCAGAUGACUGACAUUCAGUUAGAAAGGAUUCUGGCUGAUCGAGGAACUAUACAACGACACAUUAAAUGUGCACUCGGGGAGGGACCGUGCGAUCCUGUUGGCAUUAGACUAAGAACAUUAGCUCCGCUUGUGUUGCGCGGGUCUUGUCCUCAGUGUUCUGCUCAGGAGACGCGUCAGAUCCGCCGCACGCUUUCAUACGUCCAAAGGAACCAUCCGUGGGAGUGGGCAAAGAUCGUUAUCCAUGUUCUGGUGUUGUGCUUUGUGGUAGCCGUGUAUGCUGCGGAGACUCCGAGACCUGAAGUGUCAGACACAGUUUUAGAGGACGCCCUCAAUGACAAACGUUUCAUACAAAGACAGCUCAAAUGCGCUCUCGGAGAAGCACCGUGUGAUCCAAUUGGAAAACGUUUGAAAACUCUCGCUCCACUAGUGCUGAGAGGAGCCUGCCCACAAUGCACACCACAAGAAACUAAACAAAUCCAACGUACUUUAUCUUACGUGCAAAGGAAUUUUCCACAACAAUGGGCGAAAAUAGUGCGACAGUACUCUGGUUAGAGUUUCUAUGCGUAAUAUAAGUUAAGAAAAAAAAAACCCAGGAUAAAAUUCACGCUACUUAAAUGACUGUUUUUGUUAAGUUUUGACGAUAUAUAGUCGGUAUGGUUGGUAGAUUGUGACAAAAAAAAAUAUAGCAGCAUAUUUUUUUUUUUUUAAAUAAAAUAUUCCUUUUUUAAAAUCGCAGUCAAAAAGGAAGUCAGCCUUUUCUCUGGCAUGACUCUAUUACGAAGGCAUAAAAGUUUUAAUAUCGAUUCUAUUAGCAUUUUUUGGAAUUGCGUGUCCCUUCAACAAACGAUCAGCGUCAACGCUGCGAGUUUCUCAAGCGAAAGUCAUAACUCGAAAAGACCUUAUUAAAAUAUAGUAAUCAAGUUUAACAUUCUGUUUAUAAGUAAGUACUUACGAGUAUAACAAUGUAUACAUUAUAUUCACUUGAUAGAACUGAUAUGACCUCAUGACAUAAUUGUAGUGCUACCAAAUGAAGUCUAAUUUCUGUAAUCCAGUUUUAUUCAAUGUAUUUUGGUAUACUUACAGUAAAUGCAUGCAAAUAG